GUCCGGGACGCCAGCGGCGGACUUCACCAGCAACUCCUGCGUCUUGGGUGCUGUCGGCCCCGCCAUGGCCGCCCCUUGCCCGGACGACCCCUCGCUGGAGAGGCAUUUUAAAGGCCACCGAGAUGCAGUUACCUGUGUGGACUUCAGUCUCAACAGCAAACAGCUGGCUAGCGGCUCCAUGGACUCGUGCCUUAUGGUGUGGCACAUGAAGCCCCAGUCACGUGCCUAUCGCUUUGCGGGCCACAAGGAUGCUGUCACCUGUGUGAAUUUCUCUCCUUCGGGACAUCUGCUUGCCUCGGGCUCUCGUGACAAAACUGUCCGCAUCUGGGUACCCAAUGUCAAAGGUGAAUCAACUGUGUUUCGUGCACACACUGCCACAGUGAGGAGUGUCCACUUCUGCAGUGAUGGCCAGUCCCUUGUGACAGCUUCUGACGACAAGACAGUCAAGGUGUGGUCAACUCAUCGCCAGAAGUUCUUGUUCUCCCUCAGUCAGCACAUCAACUGGGUGCGCUGUGCCAGGUUUUCCCCUGAUGGGCGGCUCAUCGUCUCUGCCAGUGAUGACAAGACUGUCAAACUCUGGGACAAGACCAGCCGGGAAUGUAUCUACUCAUAUGGCGAGCACGGCGGCUUUGUCACCUAUGUGGACUUCCACCCCAGUGGCACGUGCAUUGCCGCCGCUGGCAUGGACAACACAGUGAAGGUGUGGGACGUGCGGACUCACCGGCUCUUGCAGCAUUAUCAGUUGCACAGUGCAGCGGUGAAUGCCCUCUCUUUCCACCCGUCGGGAAACUACCUGGUCACAGCCUCCAGCGACUCGACCCUGAAGAUUCUGGACCUCAUGGAAGGCCGACUACUCUACACGCUCCAUGGACACCAGGGCCCAGCCACCACCGUUGCCUUUUCAAGAACAGGGGAGUAUUUUGCUUCUGGAGGUGCUGACGAACAGGUGAUGGUGUGGAAGAGUAACUUUGAUGUCAACUAUGGAGAAGUAAAGGUACAGCGGCCCCGAGCCGCGCUGGUCAGCUCCUCUGGCAAUCUGCCAGAAGUGGAUCUCCCUGUGCCAUCUGGCAGGGGCAGGAGCCAGGAGUCGGUGCUGAGCCAGCCCCAGGAACCUGUCAGCAUGCCCCAGACACUGACCAGCACCCUGGAGCACAUCGUGGGCCAGCUGGACGUCCUCACCCAGACUGUCUCCAUCCUGGAGCAGCGGUUGACACUGACGGAAGACAAGCUGAAGCAGUGCCUGGAGAACCAGCAGCUAAUCAUGCAGAGAACAACAUCGUGAUCAGGGGAGCAAGAAUCAAGAGCUCGCUCGAUUUGGAGGGUGACAGACCAGGGAUUUUUACUGUGGGACCUGGGUAAAUAAAUAAAGGGGACUCAGCUCUGUGGGGGUCAUCUCCAGCCCCAGGGGCUCUGCAGCUCUGCCCCAUCUGCACCGGAGCCGGACACCUGGCAAUGAUCAACAUUUAGUUUAAUGCGAAGGAGCCACUUGAGAAGGUGACUGUGGAGUCCUGAAGAGCCUCCCUGGGAUCGCAGCUCCCCCAGGACCCCAGAACCGCCAUAGCUAGGAAGUGACUCCCCUCUGGCUGGAGGAACCAGUUUAUCUGACAGACAGGCCCAUCGGUGGGACCCAGAUUGAGCUAUGAACAAGCCCUUAGGGUGCGGGUAGCUUUGCAGUGGCCUUAUUUCUGCUCCAUGCAUACUUACUGGGACCUGGAGACUUCCUGCUGCGUGGUGUGAGGACUAAGGAAUCCGAAAAUUAAAAUGGACUUUAUUGAGCUUUCCA